AUGGUUAAAAUACACAAUUUCGGGGCCGGGCCAUCGAAGUUGCCGGAGGAGGUAUAUGAAAUAUUAAAACAAGAAUUUACCGACUUCGAAGGAACAGGGAUCAGUUUAUUGGAGACCAGUCAUCGUACGCCUGCUUAUGCUAAAUUAAAUAAGGAUGUACAAGAUGUUGUGAGAAAGUUGUUAAAUGUCCCCAACAACUACAAAAUACUAUUUCUAUCUGGCGGCGGUCAGGGACAAUUUUCUGCGGUGCCACUAAAUUUAAUAUCACGUACUGGUUCAGCCGACUAUGUGGUGACUGGUACCUGGUCAGCAAUAGCCGCCAGGGAUGCGAGGAAGUACGGUAAAGUGAACAUGGUAUUACCACCAACUGACCGCUAUGUGGAAAUCCCAGAUCAGUCAACUUGGAAACUCGACCCCAACGCUUCCUAUGUACAUAUUUGUACCAAUGAGACGAUAGACGGAAUAGAAUUUGAUUUCAUCCCGGACACUAAAGGAGUGCCUUUGGUCGCUGAUAUGUCUUCCAAUUUUAUGUCCAAGAAAAUUGAUGUUUCUAAGUUUGGAGUCAUUUACGGCUGUGCUCAAAAGAACAUGGGUACUGCUGGUGUUACUCUAGUUAUAGUGAGAGAGGAUCUCUUAAACCAAGCGCUACCCAUUUGCCCCUCAAUAUUGGAUUGGACCGCCAAUGCGAGAUCGGAUUCCAUUCUUAACACACCGCCGAUGUAUGCUAUCCAGGUGAUGGGACGAGUGCUCCAAUGGGUCGACAGACAAGGCGGUCUCGAUGUGAUGGCUGAAUUAGUGAGCAAGAAGUCUUCACUCAUCUAUGACGUCAUUGAAAAUUCAAACGGCUUCUACAAUACAUCGGUCGCCAAAAAAGACAGGAGUAGAAUGAACAUUCCGUUUAGAAUUGGAUAUCCGAACGGUGAUGAAGCUUUGGAGGAGGAGUUCUUAAAGGGAGCCGAAGCGUUAGGUCUCAUACAAUUAAAGGGACAUAGUCUUGUCGGUGGAAUUCGUGUUUCAACUUACAAUGCAGUGACAGUGGAGGAUGUUCAGACUCUUGUUAGCUACAUGAAAGAUUUUCACAAAAAACAUGCCAAGUAA